AUGGCUUUCACUUCUGAUGGUGGUGUGUGGGUUUUGGAGGUCAGCAAGGGCAGUAUAAGUCGAGAUGAUUAUGGGAACGCAGGUCUGGAUAACGCGCUUAGCUUGGAAGAGAGAUGUGAGGUGCUUAAGGGAUUAGGUGCUAAAUUCUGUGAGAGUCUGGACGCUUGUCCGGAGACGGCCAUGUUCUUGGUAGAUACAGCGGAGCUUUUGAAAGACCCAGUGGUUAUGACUGAGCGCUGGGAAUAUUUGAAUCAUCGGGAUAACCAGCAAUAUUGA